AAGCUCUGACCAGUCAGAGGGAGUGACACAUCCCUCUCCAGUCCCUCCCUUCUCACCCAUCUGCACCUUUACUUUCACGUGCUUGCGGGUACUUAACAGAAGUGAUCCCUGUGGCUCUGCCAAAGACGAACCUGUUGUGUUUAAAAGAGGGGAAGAAAAAAAAAAAACUCAGGCCAAGUCCCAGCAUUAAAUUUGUUACCUUGAAGAAGCUGAGUGGAGAAGUGUGAAGAGAUGAAUGGACCGGUGGAUGGCUUGUGUGACCAUUCUCUAAACGAGGAAGGAGCCUUCAUGUUCACAUCAGAAUCUGUAGGAGAGGGGCACCCAGAUAAGAUCUGUGACCAGAUCAGCGACGCAGUGCUGGAUGCCCAUCUCAAGCAGGACCCCAAUGCCAAGGUGGCCUGUGAGACGGUGUGUAAGACGGGCAUGGUGCUGCUGUGCGGGGAGAUCACCUCCGUGGCCAUGGUGGACUACCAGCGGGUGGUGCGGGACACCAUCAGGCACAUCGGCUACGACGACUCCGCCAAGGGCUUUGACUUCAAGACCUGUAACGUGCUGGUGGCUUUGGAGCAGCAGUCCCCGGAUAUCGCCCAGUGUGUCCAUCUGGACAGAAACGAAGAGGAUGUCGGUGCUGGAGACCAGGGCCUGAUGUUCGGCUACGCCACGGAUGAGACGGAGGAGUGCAUGCCCCUCACCAUCGUCCUGGCGCACAGACUCAACGCCCGCAUGGCGGAGCUGCGGCGCUCGGGGCAGCUCCCCUGGCUGCGGCCCGACUCCAAGACGCAGGUGACAGUGCAGUACACGCAGGACGACGGCGCCGUCAUCCCCGUGCGUAUCCACACCAUCGUCAUCUCAGUGCAGCACAACGAAGCCGUGACGCUGGAGGGCAUGCGCAGGGCCCUGAAGGAGCAGGUGAUCAGGGCCGUGGUGCCGGCCCAGUACCUGGACGAGAACACCAUCUACCACCUGCAGCCCAGCGGGCGGUUUGUCAUCGGCGGCCCCCAGGGGGAUGCGGGUGUCACUGGCCGCAAGAUCAUCGUGGACACCUACGGCGGCUGGGGGGCGCACGGCGGGGGCGCCUUCUCUGGGAAGGACUACACCAAGGUGGACCGCUCCGCGGCAUACGCUGCUCGCUGGGUGGCCAAGUCCCUGGUGAAGGCGGGGCUCUGCCGGAGGGUGCUUGUGCAGGUGUCCUAUGCCAUUGGUGUGGCCGAGCCACUGUCUAUUUCCAUCUUCACUUACGGCACCUCCCAGAAGACAGAGAGAGAGCUGCUGGAUGUGGUCAACAAGAACUUCGACCUUCGGCCUGGUGUCAUUGUCAGGGACUUGGAUUUGAAGAAGCCCAUAUACCAGAAGACGGCAUGCUAUGGCCAUUUCGGAAGAAGCGAGUUCCCCUGGGAAAUUCCCAAAAAGCUUGUGUUUUAGUGCUGGUGGGACCCGGGCCUGGCCGCACCAUGGAGGCAUCUGGGCGGAGCGGAGCUGUGUUCUUCUUCUCUAGGACCCCAAUUCUCAGAUCUCCUGGAGCCCGGGGUGGGCCUUUCCCCACCCACUGCCGCCUCCCGGGCAAAGCCGUGCCCCUCUGACUUAGCAGGAAGGGGGGCUCCUGGUGCUGGGGCUCAGAUCUCGUGAGGCUGGUCACAACGUUCCCCUGCCUCUCCCUCAGCCCAAGGCCAUGUGAGUUUAGUGGCAGCACCACCCCUGUCGGGAGCAAAUCCCCUCACUCACCUGUCCCCACAGGCUGGACCCUGACCAGCCCCUCCCUCCCUGGUGUGUGCGGAGGGCAGCACACGGCACGUCUCGGGGCUCCGUGUGGGCCUGGGUGUGCCGGGCCUGCCCCUCACGUCUGCGGCCCUGCGGUCAGCGUCCUGAGCCCAGGCCUGCCCAGAGGCCCUCCCAGGCCGGGCUUGUGGCAGGGAUGAGAACACCUCGUGUGUAAGGGACCGAGCCAAUCACUGAUCUCAUUUCUUCUUCACGGCAACACGAUGAGGUGACACCUUGCGUUACCGGCAUUUAUAGAUGGGGAGGCCGAGGUAGCUUUCACAAGGCUGCACAGCCGCGUGGGUCAGGCCUAGAUGUGAGUCUGGGAGCCUCGAAUCAUGAGCCUGUACACUGUGUCCCCCACCCCCAGCUCUCCCAGUCUCGUGCCAGAAACAGCUCUGAGCAGUGACAGAGCAGGCUGAGAUGAGGCUGUGACCUGUGUCCCGAGACUGAGGUUGUUGGGGAUUAGGGGAUUCACCCCGUGGUGAGCCUGCAGAGUCAGCACAAAACCAAAGGGGUUUUCAUUUCAGAAGACAGUUCGGGGUGCGCUAGCUAUCCUGGCCCACGGGGCUGGGCUGGAGUUUGGAAUUAAGAGGCAUCCAUAUAUAAUCCUAGCCCCUGAUCACUCAGGGACACGCAGGGCUGGGCCUGUGGACCCCUGGGGUAAGGGUCCAAGGCUGGCCAGUCCUGUCCCAUCGGGCUUCCUCGAGCAGGAGCAGGGAUAGAACCCUUUGUCCUCCAUGCCUUUCUCUCUCUCUGGCCCCUUCGUAACCCCUGCAGUCUGAGUGCUGUUGGAAUAAGUGGGUGAGCCUCUCAGAUCCCCCUUCCAGAGAGGACAGCCAUGAGGCCUGAAUAUCCAGUGUUAAAUGGUGACUCAAGUGGCAGAGCUUGACUCCUAGUGGGAGAAAAGUCAGCCAGGGUGUCAUGAGAUUUUUGCAUUUGCCAGGCGGCCUCCGGGGGCAGGCACAGCCCUGAGGUCCUGGGUGGUCCUUUGCCUACCAGGGUCUUAGAAGCUGCACGUUCCCCUGCCUUUCCAUCUGUGGCCAGCACUACCCCCCCCCCCAACCCCAACCCCAACCCCUUCCUCAGCCUGGGCCUCUGACAGCUGCACCUCUACCUUCUCCCCCGCUUCCCAGACCACAGGCUCAGGUAGUGGCCUCUAUGGGCCCCGGAAAACACUGGGGACUGGGCUUCUUUCUGGUGCACACAGUGCUGAAUCCGGCCGGGAGAACACAGCCCAGGAAGUCUCGUCUGGGUGGCAGAUGGCCUGCAACCAGGCUGUAGGCCUAAAGCACAAAGGCCUUUGGCUUUCUCUUCACCUCAUGGGAAAGGCAGCUGUUCAGGACAGGAAAAGAAGCCCAAAGUUCCAUUAAUACCUAGAGCUGGUGUGCGAUAGAGAAGCUCAGGUCUCUUGCAGAGUUCCGGGUCACCCAGGAAGUCUUGAGUUGCUUUCAGGAGAGGGAGACUCUGGUUUGCAGGUGGCUGAGUUCUUAUAACUUGGGCCAUGUUCGAAGUGAAAAUUUAGAAUUUUAUACUUUCCCCACCCUCUGGAGAAACAAGGUUUUUUGGGGUCAACACUGUCUAUAUGAAACUAGAGUCUUUAUUUGUUAAUAGUUUCUGCUAAGCCAGUGAAUAAAAACUCAAGGAGCAA